ACCCCUGUCCCUCGGCCGGCCGCUGCACCCUGACAGCCGCCAGAUAAGCUCUAUCGCAGCGGCCAGAGCCGGGGGACAGCCGGAUACGGGGGGCCACGGAGUGCAUUCCCAGAACCAGCACCCGCGGGGACGAGCGGGCUUCGGGGAGCUCCGCCCGCUCGCGGACAGUGACAGCCAGCCGGCGCAGGGCGGCGGAGCGCGGGCCGAGAGGUCCAGACCGGCUCCAAGGUGCCAGCCAUGUCCGUGCGGUUGAGGUUCUUGUCCCCUGGGGAUGCCGGAGCUGUGGGGACCGUGGGCCGAAGCGCCUCCUUUGCCGGCUUCAGCAGUGCGCAAAGCCGAAGGGUCUCAAAGUCCAUCAACAGGAACUCCAUGCGGUCACGGCUGCCGGCCAAGUCCUCCAAGGCCUACGGCACGCUGCGCAAGGCCUCACUCUGUCUGGACCCCCGGCCGCAGCAAGUGAAGAAAAUCUUUGAUGCUUUGAAGAGAGGCCUCAGGGAGCACCUGUGUGAACAGCAGGCCGAACUGGACUACCUGUGCGGACGCCACACGGACACCCAGAGGAGCUCCAGGCUGGCCUUCUACUACGAUCUGGACAAGCAAAUGCGCUUGGUGGAGAGACACAUCCGGAAGGUGGAGUUCCACAUCAGCAAGGUAGACGAGCUCCAUGAAGGCUACUGUAUCCAGUGGCGUCUUCGAGAUGGUGCCUCCAACAUGCAGCGCGCCUUCAGCAACAGCACCCCGAGCCGUGCCUCCCGAGAGAGCUUGCAGGAGCUGGGCCGCAGCUUGCAGGAGUGCAUGGAGGACAUGUGCCUCAUAGAGGGGGCCUUGGAAGCUCACUUGGGCGAGUUCCAUGUCAGGAUGAAAGGUUUGGUGGGCUAUGCACGCCUCUGUCCUGGAGACCAGUAUGAGGUGCUCAUGCGCCUGGGCCGUCAGCGGUGGCGGCUGAAGGGCCGGAUCGAGCCGGAUGACAGCCAGACCUGGGACGAGGAGGAGAGGGCCUUUGUGCCCACUGUACAUGAGCACCUGGAGAUCAAGGUGACAGAGCUUCGAGGCCUGAGCUCCAUGGUGGUGGGCGCUGUGGCGUGUGACACCGCGGACUUCUUCACAGCCCGGCCCCAGCUUGUGGUGGUGGACAUCACUGAGCUGGGAACCAUCAAGCUGCAGCUGGAGCUGCUGUGGAACCCCUUGGACUCUGAGUGUCGGCUGGUGUCACCCAGCCCCACUGGCAGGUUUUCCAUAGGAAGCAGGAAGGGCUCCCUGUACACCUGGACGCCCCCCAGCACCCCCAGCUUCCGGGACAAAUACUACCUGUCUGUCCUCCAGCAGCCAAUGCAGCAGGCCCUCCUGCUAGGUGGGCCAAGGGCCACUUCCAUCCUCGGCUACUUAUCUGACAGUGAGCUCCAGGGCGCCCCCCUGCGGAGCCGGAGCCAGGAGCUCCUGGAGAUGGACUCCUUCAGCUCCGAGGACCCCAGAGACGCUGAGACCAGCACUUCAGCGUCCACCUCAGAUGUGGGGUUCCUACCCGUUCCUGCGGGCCCCACAGCCUGCAAAGAAGAGGAGAGCAGGGAGGAGCCCCCGCCUCCAGGCCUGCUGCCAGGCUUGGCUCACCCAGCCGGGGCUGUGCUUGCAGAACGGCCGGGCUGGAGGGAUUUGGGAGGAGAGAGGCCGGCCCUGUUGGAAGAUGCUCCCACCCAGAGCCCUGAGGUGCCACAGAGACAGAAGGGCCAGGAGGAUGGAGAUGUGGGGGACGGAGUGGAGGGGCCGGUACAGGAGGUCCUGGACCUGCUGCGGUCUGCAGAUGCUGCGCAGCCUCAGCUCAGGGAGCUGGAGUACCAAGUCCUCGGCCUCAGGGACCGGCUGAAGCCCCGAGGGGUGCAGCCGGAGCCUGUGUCAGCGCAGACCCUGAUGGACUGUAUCCUUGAGAGCUUUGCCUUUCUGAGUGCCGACCUUGCCAGUGAUGAGCUGUCCCUGUUUGGGGGCUCCCAGGCUCCUGAGAGAGACAGCCCCCCACCCCCACGGCCGUCAUUGAAGGUGUCAGCCGGCGAGCUCACAACUGGUACCCCUGAGCUGGAUAUGCUGCUUACUGUCCACCUACAAGUCUGCCAGGCCCUGCUGCAGAAACUGGCCUCCCCUAAUUUGUCACGGAUGGUCCAGGAUUGCCUCCUGGAAGAAGCAGCCCAGCAAAGGCAGGUCCUGGAAGUGCUUUCAGACCUUGACUUUGAGCAGGUCAGCAAGGCCAGGUCGGUUGAAGAGAUCAUCCCACAGGCCCCUCCCAGGAAGGGUGGCCUAGCACUGUGGCGGGGAUGCACGCAGCCUGGUGAGGUCCUGGCCUGCCCUGCCUCCACACUCCUGAGCCAGCUCAAGAAGACGUUCCUACAUCGCGUCCGAGGGAAGUACCCCGGCCAGCUGGAAAUAGUGUGUCGAAGGCUCCUGGAGCAGGUGGUCGGCUGUGGCGGGCUACUGAGCACAACGGGGCUCCAGGAGGAGCAGAUGGUCACCUGGUUCCAGUUCCACAGCUACCUGCAGCGGCAAGGCAUCGCUGACCUGGAGAAACACCUCAACCAGCUCACCAAGGAAGUUACUCUCAUCGAGGAGCUGCAUGGUGCUGGCCCAGCCAAGGCCCUGAGGAAGCUGCAUGGGAGGCGUCUGGGCCAGCUGCAGCCCCUGCCACAGACACUUCGAGCCUGGGCACUGCUGCAGCUGGAUGGACCCCCGAGGCUGUGCAGGAUGGCCAGAACGCGCCUGGCCAGUGCGGCCAGGAACAGGCGCUUCCGGGAAAAGGCUCUGCUGUACUACACCAAUGCCUUAAAUGACAGUGACGACAAGCUCCAGCAGGCGGCGUGCAUGGCGCUGCAGCAGCUGGGGGCAAGUGAAAGCAUCGAGCAGAUCGCCAGCCUGUGUCAGUCUGACCUGGAGGCCGUGCGGAUUGCAGCGCGGGAGGCAACACUGUCCUUCGGUGAGAAAGGACGCCUAGCUUUUGAGAAGAUGGACAGACUCCACUCAGAACAGGACGCCUUCUGCCAGGAAGCAGAUGUUGAAAUCACGAUUUUUUAAGAAGCUGUGACCAAUAAGCUCAAAUCUGGCCUCUUUCUUCCUUGAUGCUGCCUAGCCACCACAGUGUGCAAGUUUUGGAUGGCACUUCCUCACAAGCGUGAGCUGGUCAGGAUGGCUACCUGAUGUUUGGGUCGGUACCCAGCCCAGGGGCGUGGUGGUAUUUACAGAACAGAAAGUGGUAUGUGAGACCUCCAAAGCCGUGGCCUUCCACCAAAUGUUGUUUUGCCUUCUUGCUUUCCUGGGGUGCAAUGCCAGGGCUGCAGGCGCUGAGGAUCAAGGGUCCAGGCCAAGGUGAGGCUCCAAGGCGGACAAGAUGGACUGAGUGUGACCCCCCUCAGCUGGGGCAGAACUGGUCUGACAAACAUGGGCUACCACAGGCAGCGGAUGGGCAGGUCCUCUUCCAGAGCACGGCGGCCUCAGGCCACUAGAUGAGUCGCUCCAGAUGCCGGAGCUGAGGUUUUUCACUGUGGAUGGAGACCCACGAGGGGCUCCCGGGGCUGACUCAGGCAUACCCCAUUAGCGUCUUGUAGACCAUGUGUGCUGACUUGGUAUUUAUUUGCCUCAUGUUCACUCCCUGAAGUCUCAAUUAAAAACUCUAGUUUAUGGCUA